GCUAGCAGCAAAAUAUUCAGUCAAAACCAGGUGACCGAAGCUGUUUGUACCGGAAUAAGACUAACUAAAAUAUAUAUUUUAUAAAAUGUUUGAGUUUUUGGCAAUUUUUCAAAACGCCGUGGAGCCGGAACCGAAGCCUGCUUUGGACUCGAUAAUGGAAAACGCGGAAAAAAUGUUGGAGCGCUGCUGGUUCGGACUAGCAAACUGUGAUGGCGAGUCAACCAAUUUCGUGUACGGAUAUAUAUUUAGCUUUGGGAUCGUUUUUGCCUGGAUUGUCCACGAGAUAUAUAAGCAAUGGACACGGAAACCAAUCAAUGUUGGUAAGGGAUUAUUCUGGUUCCAAAUGGACCGAAUGUCCGUGGUGAAGAUUGACCAGUCGGCGGACGCUGUAGCAGCCGGAAAUCAACGCACUAUUUCGGCUCAGACUUCGGUCUCUUUGAAGGAGAAGCACUUCUCGAUGUGCAUCCAUAGCGAUGCACCAGAGGCGGAGGAGCAGCUGAACGACGACAACGAAUGGGAGACUCUAUCGGAUACCACCAUAAUGCCAAACCACACCAGUGGGAAGACGUACAAGUACGAUUGCUUUGACGAGAAGGUCAAGUCGAGCAAGUCCAAGUCCAAGGACGAUCCGGACUCGCGUAUUCCAAUCAUUGUUCGUGAGGCUACCCGCACGAAGCUGAAGAUACCGAAGAUGACCAAGCGUCGUACUAUUUACUAAACGCUAUUAUUAUUAUUAUUAAUUUUAUUAUUUUUUUUUUUCCUUUGAAAUGCGUAUGUAACGAUUUACAUUUUACUACCCCCACAUAUUUGGAAUCUAAUCAAAAUUUACACAGAUUAUGAGCAAUGUACAAAAAUCGUAAAAAAAAAAAUCUACAUUGAAAACCCA